UCAUCUCAUCCUCAUUUCAUAUCAAAAAACCAAAAUAAAAUUCAGAGCUAAAGCCUUAAAGGUAAAAGCAUCUAGAUUUUUUAGAAGUUUAGCUUCAGAGAAGUAGUUUUUUAAAUUAGAAAGCUAAACUGCUUUUAGUUUUGAGAUAAUCUUUCCAUUUUGAUCAAAGAAAGACAAAUUUUGUUUAAAUUGUUUAAAGUGAGUGAGAGAAUUAGAGAUAAUGGGUAUCUUUCAGGAACAUGAUUUAAGCAAUUCCGCUUUGCCAUUGUUGUCUCUAAACCAUGUAUCGUACCUUUGUAAGUCAGUUGAAGAAUCAGCCAAGUUUUAUCAAGAAGUUCUUGGAUUUGUUCUCAUUAGAAGGCCAUCCUCUUUCCAAUUUGAAGGAGCUUGGUUAUUCAACUAUGGAAUCGGGAUACACUUGCUACAGUGUAAUUCGACUAAUGAUGUCCAGCAAAUGCCAGUAAAAAUCAACCCAAAAGAUAAUCACAUUUCUUUCCAAUGUACAGACAUUGAACUGGUAAAGAAGAGACUACGUGAGAUGGGAAUGAAGCAUGAAACAGCUCUCGUCGAAGAAGGUGGUGUUUUCGUCGAUCAGCUUUUCUUCCACGAUCCAGAUGGUUAUAUGAUCGAAAUCUGCAAUUGCGAAAACAUCCCAGUUCUUCCUCUAUCAACAAGCGCAUGUCCCAUAAGAAAACCACAAUCUUAUGUUGAUUCAAAGAAGAGUAAGCCUCAACGAUCUAUGGCCAGCUCGAAAGCACUUGAUGCGGCAGCAAUGGAGACACGAAUGAUGGAGAGCCUGUUUGCCAGUAUGAUUGACAUUUCCAUGUAGAGGAUUCAAAUUCAACCCACAAUUCAUAGAUAUUUUAGUAUUUUUCUUUUUUGGUUUGAAAAUAUUUUGUUGGAGCCGGUGAUCAGGAAUAUAUUUUCAUUUAAUUUUCUUUUUUAAAAUCUAUCUUGUAAACUUGUAUCUGGGAAUUAAUAAAGUGGUACAUUUGUGAUAAA